ACGUUCGCGAGAUCCGCAUCUGAAAGGAAAUUACUAUAGUGAUAGUGCAGUGCGAACGAUUCCUAGGAAAUCGGAUAUGAAAAUACGGUGAAUCGAAUACGAUAUUCGGAACGAUUCGCGGCCGAGUUCGGAGCGCGCCGUCGGGAGUUUCUCGGCGCAGCCGCUCGCGCGAAAGGGGGCGGCAGUAUCGUUUCAACCGUCGGUCCGUGCGGUCGCUUUUGCGGCGUAGUCUGUGAUUUUUUUAGUGUAGCUCCAGAUAAUCCAAGUUAAUCUACAAUGGCUGACCAGCUAACAGAAGAACAGAUCGCCGAGUUCAAGGAGGCGUUCUCACUGUUCGACAAGGAUGGCGACGGCACCAUCACGACCAAAGAGCUCGGCACGGUCAUGCGCUCCCUAGGACAGAACCCCACAGAAGCCGAGUUACAAGACAUGAUCAACGAGGUCGACGCGGACGGCAACGGCACGAUAGACUUCCCCGAGUUCCUCACAAUGAUGGCUCGCAAGAUGAAAGACACGGACAGCGAGGAGGAGAUCCGCGAGGCGUUCCGCGUGUUCGACAAGGACGGCAACGGGUUCAUAUCCGCGGCCGAGCUGCGCCACGUCAUGACCAACCUCGGCGAGAAGCUCACCGACGAGGAGGUGGACGAGAUGAUCCGCGAGGCCGACAUCGACGGCGACGGACAGGUCAAUUACGAGGAAUUCGUCACCAUGAUGACGUCGAAGUGAGCCGCCGGCUAGUGUGUGUGUAAAAAGCAGAGAAUUCAAAUAUACAUUUUGUUUCAUGACACACAAUAUUACCAUCGUAUCGGACCUGCAUUUCUCUAGUGUUUGCGAUAAAUUUAAUAAUUGACAUCGUUUCAGUCGAAUGUUAUUUAACGCAGGCGCGGCGCGCCGGCGCCUCCGCCUCCUCUUUAUUUAGAUUUUAAACUAUUCCGUUAAUUUUACUAUGUAAGAAACAAUUUUAACUGUAGCGGUACAAAGGGAAACGAAUAGGUGUGAAACGUCGCAAUGUGAUGGUAGCGGCGGCUGCGUGCAGCGUGUGGCUCGCGUGUGGCGUGCGUGCGGCGUGCCUGUCGCGUGCGUGCGGCGUGCCUGUCGCGUGCCAGCGGCGUGCGGCUCGCGUGCACGCCGGCCGCCGCGUGCGUGCCUGCUGCGUGCUUGUUGCGGCCGGCUGUGUCGCCGCACCCGAUACAUUUUAAUGUCAUUUUUUUUUUCAAGUAUGAGAUAUUUAUAAAGUACGUGAUGAAUAAAAACUUUAAAAAAAUCCCAAAAAAAUAUACUAUACUGUGCCCGUAAGUCCGUAGCGGCGAGCGCUCGGCUCCCUGUGCGUUCGCGAUCAUAAUAAAUGUUUAAAUUUAACUAACUCGGUAAACGAAAUUAGAUUUAUUGGUACUGCAUUUGUAACUGUAAAUGACUUGAUAAAUAUUAUAUUUCUAUUGUUGGUGAAACUUAUUCUAUCGAAAUGGAAACUCCGCUCUGUUAUCCUAUCGACACACUUGAUUCAUUCUGUUAUUAAAUUACUUAUACAAAAGACAUACUGAAAAUAAAUGUUUCUUCAUUUUUAGGUCAAUAAG